AUGACGCUGCCUCUCCGCCGUGUAGGAAUGUCCUCCACCGGGAACCUCUCAGAAGAGCAGGUCCACUGCUCCAUCUGCCUGGACGUUUUCACCAACCCUGUGUCCAUCCCAUGUGGACACAACUUUUGCCAGAGCUGCAUCCUGGGAUACUGGAAGAGCAUCCCACUAUACCAGUGUCCAAUGUGCAAAAAGUCUUUCUACAAGAGGCCCGACAUCAGCAUCAACACCGUUCUUAGGGAGAUCGCCGAGCAGUUCAAGGAGCUCCGGGUAAACAGUGAGGGCAAGGCCGAGAAGAGAAUGAUGGAAAAGUGCGAAGAGGAAGAUCAGGAAAGGCUUUUGAAAGUCGAGCGAGAAGAGGACAUAAAUGCGGACACUAGCAGACGGAUGGCAAAGGAGACUCCAGAUGGUUGUAAACCAUCUCAACAGGAGCACCCUCAGGCUUCUUCUUCCACCUGGAAGGAGGUCCUCUGUGAUGUUUGCCUGGGAGAGGGCCGUCCCAAAGCCGUAAAAUCUUGCCUGGUGUGUCUGACGUCAUACUGCGACGAGCACCUCAAGUCGCACGCCAGCAGGUUCACCAAGCACAAGCUGAUAGAGCCCGUGGCCAAUAUGGAGGACCGCAUGUGCUCCAAACACGAGCGACUCCUGGAGCUCUUCUGCAAGAAGGAUCAAAUGUGCGUGUGUGUCCUGUGCACAGAGACCGACCACCGAGCGCACUACACCGUCCCCGUGGAGCGGGAAUGGACAGAGAAAAAAGCCCAGCUGAAGAGGAGCCAAGUGGACGUGCAGCAGAUGAUCCAGGAUAGAGUGAAGAAGGUGGAGGAGAUCAAAAACUCUGUGGAGCUCAACAAAGCGAGUACUCAGACAGAGAUUGAGGACAGCAUGCAGGUUUUCGCUGAGAUGGUCCGCUCCAUUCAGAGAGCUCAGGGCGACGUAGUUCUGGCCAUUGAAGAGAGGCAGAGGCGCACUGAGACCCGAGCCAGAAACCUGGUCAUAAAACUAGAGCAGGAGAUCGACGAGCUGAGGCGGCGGGAUACCGAUCUGGAGAACAUGGAAAGAACGGACCACAUUCACUUUUUGAAGAACUUCCCAGCUCUGAGCAUGGCGCCUUCCGUCCAGGACUGGUCUGACACCAGCGUUCCCACAGACAUUUGUGUCGGCCUGAUCAGGACAGCUGUGUGCAAAUUGGAGGUCACUUUAAAGGACAUGGUGGACAAACUGGCAGAUAGAGAGAUCCAUAAGAUUCUGAAGUACUCAGCGGACAUCACUCUGGACCCGGACACCGCCAACCCGUGGCUGCAGCUCUCGCAGGACCGGCGCCAGGUGCGCCACCUGGGAGCAUGGCAGGAUCUCUCCGACCACCCCGAACGCUUUGACACGGUGGUCAUUGUGCUGGCCAGAGAGGGCUUCACCUCGGGGAGACACUACUGGGAGGUCCAGGUGGGCGACAAGGAUGACUGGUACCUGGGCGUGGCCAAGUCAUCCGUCAACCGGAAGGGCCGGAUCUCUGUGAGCACCACCCAUGGCUACUGGGCUCUAGCCAUGAAGAAGGGCCACGGGUACCGCGUGUCCACCACCCCGCCGUUACAGCUCGCACUCAACGCCAAACUCAGGAGGGUGGGCGUGUACGUGGACUACGACGAGGGGCAAAUAUCCUUCUAUGACGUUAAGGCUCGGACACAUAUCUAUACUCUAAACGACACAUUGAAUGAGAAGAUUCUGCCUUUUUUCUACUUGUACUGCUGCGACAAAUCUUCCGAUACUGUCGUCAUUUGUCCCCUUGCUGACAAAAACCUGAUCAAACAGAGCUAAUUAAUCGUGGCGUAUUGCUGGAUGCUAAUGGUGUCGCUUUAAAGGGACAGCUAAACGUCUACCUUCCCAGUGAUAAACAGGAAGUUAGUUUAGCAUCAAUGGGUGUUGCCCAACACCAAAUGCCUUACAGUCGUCCCUCGUUUACUGUAGUUAAUUGGCCGUGAUAAACAGAUAUCCGCAAAGUAGGAUACUUAAUCAAAUAUUUUCAUAGUUAGCGCAUUAAAAAACGUUCCCAACCUUCUAAAUACAUUAUUAGAGCCCUCGAAAAACAUGGCACCUUUACACUUGUUUCUGUUAUGAUCCGUUGCCCGGAUCAUGUUUUGUUCUGUUAGUUUUGACUACCUCAGUUCUGUUUUCAGCACCCCUGGGUUUGUGUUUCAGUUGCCAUGACUGCAGAUUAGUUUCACCUGCCUCUGAUUAGUGUUCGGGACGCUCCCCUGCUCCUGGGCACUAAUCAGAGAGCUCUUUAUUCCCAUUUCUCUCCACAAUCGGGCUGGCUUCCUUGUUUGCAUUACGCAACAGUUAAUGACGGCAACAUUUUUGAUUCUUGAUUCCUGUUUGUAUGCUAGCUUCCACGCUAGCCUCUCCCUUAGCUUUGCCUCCCGUGCUAUCGGCACUAUUUUGUUUUUCUGCAUUUCCUGCAUGAUUUAUGCAAAUAAUAUAUAUC